AUGGAGCGCAUCAACAAUGAGACAAACGAAGUAGUCGCCAUCAAGGUCUUGAAUCUAGACACUGAAGAAGACGACGUGGCCGAUAUUCGAAAAGAAUUGAACUAUUUAUCACAGUUGAAACAUAGCGAAUCUCAAAACAUUACACGUUAUUAUGCGAGUUUCUUGCAUGGCACCAAACUGUGGAUCGUGAUGGAGUACGCGGCUGGUGGAAGUAUACGAGAAUUGAUGAGAGCUGGUCGAAUUGAAGAAAAGUAUAUUUCAGUGAUCACAAAAGAAGUGUUACAGGCGCUGAGUUACUUGCACAAAUGUAAAAUUAUUCAUCGUGAUAUCAAAGCGGCAAACAUACUAUUAACAGCCGAAGGCAAAGUACAACUAUGUGAUUUCGGAGUAGCCGGACAACUAACCGCCACCUCAUCGAAACGUACCUCAUUUGUCGGAACACCAUAUUGGAUGGCGCCAGAAGUUAUAACUGAAGGUGCUACAUAUGAUACAAAGGCAGAUAUAUGGUCACUAGGCAUUACCGUAUACGAGAUCGCAACCGGGAAUCCACCAUUCGCCGAUCAGAGUGCUCACAAAGCAAUCCAAUUGAUACCACGAUCACCGCCCGCACAAUUGGAAGGACCGUUUCAAGUGCCGAUCAAAGAGUUUGUGUCUAAAUGUCUUAAUGAGAGUCCUGAAGAGCGUCCAACAGCCGAUGAUUUAAUAAAGCAAAAGUUCAUAAAGAAUGCUUCGAAAUUGCCAAAUGGCCUAUUACGCGAUCUUAAAGUGCGCUACGAUAAUUGGAAGCAAGCAACCGGGUAUCGUCAUUCUUUUUCGGAUCCAUUUAGUACUCCAUCUAGUGAAAGCGACGGAUUUGACCUAGAAGAUGAUCGCCAACCUGAUGACGAUUAUGAUUGGGAGUUUGAUACGGUGCGAAGUAGCGUGAGCAGUUUCACAACCCACCGAAAAUCCCAAUCGACCGGCAGUCUCACAAGUAACCCCGACAGUACCUUUGCUUCUUCCCCUCUUGUUACUGCUGGAACUGGAGGAGCCACCGGAUCUUUACUAUCACCUGUACUCGAAUCAUCUGAUGAGCAACACAACGCCAGCAACGAUAGUCAACAACAAUCUUAUUUCACAGAUUCGGAAACACAAAACGAAAAAGACCACACAAUGCUCGCUAGAUCACGAAACUUGUCACUUGAGUUCCCGCCACAUCGACUACUUCAACUUUUUGAACCGGACACUUCAACGAAUAGUGAUAGUCAAUCAUUUAACGAUAAAAACAAUAACGUUAACAAUGGUAAUUACAACUAUAAUUACGGUUAUGGCAGUAACUACCCCGAUAGCAAUAAUAAUACGGAGCCAUCACCGACUUUUCUUAGCACUCCCACGAUUUCAAUACCGUCUGUUAGUGCAAUGAAUUCGAUGAUUUCUCCUGCCGCUCAAAUCGCUGAAGACCUUGCUUCUCGGACUAUUACAAAGUUUUCUUCUUCUAGUAGUAAUAAUAAUGAUCAGGACCCUCCUCCUUCAUCUACAUCGAACAAAAGUUUUGGUGCUACCUCGAGUCUAGUACGCUCCAAUAGCCUUUCAAGUGGCGUGAGGAGUAACAAUGACAAGAUUAAUAAUAAAGAUUUCCGACACGACUUUCAUAUCAAGGAUUUACCAAAACCCGAAAUAAAGUUUCCCCCUCCUCAAUCUGCUGACAACAAUAAUGGUAAUAAUUCCAAUAAUGGAAUGGGCACACCAAUCAGUCAAAAUUAUCCGUACUUGAAUAAUGGGCUAUUAUCACCGACGAUGGAUAUGGGAAAUCAGAAAGUGGAUCAACAACAACCACAGCCAUCACCCACAUUAUUAUCACCCACAUUUUCAUCACCUCCAAUUUCACCAAGUACGCAACAAAGAUCCAGUCCAAUGAAUGUACGAAGACCAACAAUCACGGGUGCAUCCGAAAUGUCUUCUUUCAACUUUCCUUCAAUAUCAUCUUCUUCGACUAUAGUUGGCAGUGAUAGUGGAAGUGGUAGUGGAUAUCAAUAUUCUUCUUCAUCACCCACACGAUCUGUUCUGGCGUCUUCCUCGCCGUCAACUUCAUUUACUCGUCCAUUACCCACACGACACAUGAGUUUCGACACACCAAAUGAUUCAUCCGCGAUAACUCGAACACCUUCAUCUGGCGAAUUAAUUCCAAUUCGUUUAAAACAUCAGCAGCAGCAAAAUGAUUCGAAUAAUAGUAAUGCUAAUAACGGUGGCAUUGUCAUUGGAGGCAGUAAUAAUAGCAGUAAUCUUCUUGUUCAUGGGACUAGGCAGCGAAGUGUUAGUGUUAAUAGUAGUAAUAUACAGGCUAGAUUUCAUACAAAGUUUCCCAUCCUUACUGAAGCAGAAAAAUCAACACAUUUACUCUCACCUUCUCCUACCGCCAACACUUCCACCGCUACCACCCAUUUUCCCUACCAGCAACCGGUAUCAUUAUCUCCAACACGAAAUAUAUUCGCAACCGAAACAACAAUAUUGAACGCAGGCCCUGAAAUUCGACCGCUGAAAAUGGACAACUAUCGCGCCACCAAGGAAGUCUGCGAGGACUUGUCGGUGGCCACGGAUGAUUUGAUCAGGUGGUUGGGACUUUUGGAUGCUGGGUUUGGGGAACUUUUAAAACGAUUUUAG